AUGACUAGGGGUAUCAGAAAAUACAACUAUGCACUUGUUUCUGCCGAUUAUAGAUUAGCCCCUCAAGUCGGUGUUCAAGAUAUUUUUGAAGAUGUCCAAGACUGUAUAGCCUUCAUCCGAACUGAGCUAGCCAAACACACGGGUCCAGACGUCCUGGAUACCCAGCGCCUUGCGGUGUCAGGAAGCUCAGCUGGCGGAUACCUAUCCCUCCUUGCUGGCCUGUACAUCAACCCUAAACCGAAGGUCAUACUUUGCAUCUACCCCGUCACAGACCCACUAGGGAAUUUCUUCACAACAUCCCAACUACACAAUCUGGGCACAGCACGUACGGAUUCCGCAUCAAUCACUGAGUUCCUGGAUCCUCAAUCCGACGCGAUUACUAACACUGCACCCGGCGACGAAAGCAACCGGAACAAAAUGUACAACUAUAUGCUGGAGAAAGCCAACCUCGGUGCACUCCUACGCAUCGGGUCCGGAGACAGAUUCCGCAUUGCGAAGAGCAUCUUUCAAUAUGGCUUGCCGCCCACGUAUAUUGUGCAUCCGGACGGGGACCAAGAUGUUGGCAUUGAUCAGAGUGAUGAGGUAGUUGGUGUGAUGGUAGGGUUAAAUAUGGAGGUAGGCUACAAGCGUGUGCAUGGCUUAUCUCAUUUUUUUGAUCUCGAUGAGCAUGUCCAGUUGGAGGAUAUGUACAGGUUUUUGCUUAAGCAUCUCUGA